AUGUCACCUUCAACGUUCUCCUCACUGCCUAACGACAUCGCAUGGCAAGUCUUAGCCCGUGUCCCGAAACGCCUAUACCCACUCCUCGCUUGCGUCUCCAAGAACUUCAGUCUUCUUGUUCGCUCCCCGGAGAUUCACAAGACUCGCUCUCUCCUCCGCAAAGACUCCCUCUACAUCUGCUUCAUGGACAUAACCAACCGUCCCCAGACCCCAAACUGGUUCACUCUCCGCAGAACCGAGAAUAAUCCGUCAGAGAAUGAUGAGUUCGUCUCCAUCGAUCUUCUCUUUCCUGAUCACGACGAGUCCAACGCCUCACUCAUCGCUCACGGUCCCGAGAUUUUCUUUAUAUGCGGGUUACACGUUUACUCGUCAACCUUAUGGAUCUUUGACUCUCGCUCUGGAGAGUUUCGCCAAGGACCGAGCAUGAACGUGGCAAGAUUGUACAAGAGCGUGGGCUUAGUUGGGAGUAAGAUAUACGUGGUGGGAGGCAACAUGGACGGCGACCUUCAAGCCGAAUCGUUUGACUUAAAGACGCAGACGUGGGAGCCAGCGCCGAGUCUUGAAGAAGAGAUGAAUUGGCUCUCUGCUGCCACGGUGUCGUUAGACAGGAAGGUUUGCGCGUUGAUGCUCGUUGGAGCCUACACUGUUUGCUACGAUACUAGGGACGGUUCUUGCACGGAGUUUAAGUUGAUGAUCGACGAGUGGUGGAAAACGGGUGCAUGUGUGGUCGAUAAUGUGCUCUACGUUUAUUACGGUAGAUUUGGGUUGAUGUGGUAUGACACUGAGAUGACGGUGUGGAGAGUGGUGAUUGGUUUGGAACAUCUAAAAAAGGUUAGAUCUGUUGGGUUGGCGGAGUAUUAUGGGAAGCUGGCGGUUUUGUGGAAAGAACAUAGUGGUGGUGCAACGAAGGAGAUUUGGUGUAGAAUGAUUGGUUUGUGUAGGUGUAAAGAUGGGAUCAGUGGGAAUGCAGAAUCGUCUCCUCAGCUUCUGGGGAGUGUCCCUCGUCACUUUAGAAUGCAUCGUGUUCUAUCGGUUUCGGACUAG